AUAAAGUAAUUGCCCAAAGUUGCACAGCAGUCAUCAAACUAAAAUGGAAGUGAAAGAAAAUCAAUCCGUUCCGACUUCCCCGGUUGUGCCCUCCAUCGACGAUCUUCCAAACGAGGUCCUCGUCAUGAUCUUCCGCUUGCUUCCGUUCGCGGACCGUCUUCAGGUGUGCAUCGUUUGCAAGCGCUGGAAUGGGCUGGUUUUCAGUUUCCUCGACGAGCACAUUUUCCUGUGCCUUAGCCAAGAGGAUCGCAACGUUCCGGAGGGAGCAUUGUCCGAGUAUCGGACCUACCGGCAGGUUAAGCUGUGCGGAAGUACUUUCGACGGUCUGGAGGAUGUACACGGCGAACGGAUUGAGGCAUUGGCCGCUGGGGCAAGGAGUUUGGUUCUGGAAAUUCGCGAACCGCAAAAGGAAGAGUUUGUCCAGCUGUUGCGGAAGUUUUGCAACCUUCGCUCGCUGACGAUGAGUUGUGAGGAGUUUUACGUGGUUGACGAGGAGGAUGAGGGACGUGGGCUGUUGCCCAACUUGGAACGGCUGGCGUUCGAGCAGCUGGGUGAUUUUCGGGACUCGGAUUCUCCGGAUCUGCUGAAGCUGUUCAUGCGGAACCGGACGAUUCGUCACUUUGUCAUUCGCUAUUGCGAUCCGGAUUUUCAUAAGAUUGUUGAAUGGAUGGAUUUGCUGGAAGCCUUGGCUCCCAGAUUGCUCUCGCUGAGCUUGAACAUCAACUGCUUCCUGGCGCGCUAUCCUUGCGAGAUGAAAUUCAAGGCGCUGAAGGUCCUCUACUUGCGGGUUCAAUUCAGCGUUGAAGGUUUUACCGCGGACGAACUUACCCAGGCGGUGUACCGAAUGGCCAACCUGGAAGAUCUGACGAUCGUGUUUUUCGCCAUGGUUGGCAAACAUCCUCUGAAGUUGGACGGCGUUUGGCAAUUGACCAAACUAAACAAGUUUAUCGCGAAUGUCGAUUCGUUCGUGCUCCCCGAAGUCAUCCAACCGAUGCCUCACCUCGAAACGCUUUCGAUAAAAAUCAAUGACGCCACCGAACUCCAAAAGUUAAAGCAGCUCUUCCCGAACCUCAAAGCGCUCGAAAUUCAAUCGAUCGCGUUUAACCGUGAACUCUGGCUACCGCUAGUGACCGCGUGGCCCACGCUGGAGAACCUCAACUUCAGAGUCGGCAACCAGUUCCUUGGCGUUCGUAUGCUGAAAACGCUGCAGAGUCUGUCGAAUCUUCGCAAGCUGGCCUUGUCGGGAGUUUACAAGGCGGCAAAUCUGUCGAUUCUGGACCCAGUGCUGGCCAUCGCGACGCUCCAGGAGCUUCACGCCAAGGGCACCUGGAAGGGCAGCGUUUCCGGGUUGAAUCGUUUCUGUCGCGUGUUUGUCAACGAAAAGUUUGUUCCACGUUCCGCGGCCUAACUUAGCGCAUAAGGCAAGCGGA